UCCCUCCUGCAUUAGACGGAGGCGCUGUGAGUGGCCUCUUCCGCUUCCGCCCGGCCUUGGCUCAGUCUUCGGCGCCCAGUGCCAGGGCGGCGGAGGAGUCGCCAGGCGGAUGACUUAAUUGGGAGCUGCAACAACAUCCCGAUCCAUGAUGCACAGACUCUGAUAGAAAUCUAUUCUUGUACUGUCUUGGUUGGGAGUCAGGAUAGACGCUGAAUUAUACUUCUUUAAUUGAGCUUGAGUUUGUGUGAGCACAAAGUAGGAAACAAAGUGUUCUUGCCUAUAGCCAGAAGAGAAACCAGAUAGUGUUAUUUGUAGUGAACAGAGAGAAUGUGCUUGAUUAUUGUCUUCUUAUAGUUAAGCUGGUUUAACAUUGGAUUAUUUGCCACUGGAGAUGAGCUAAAGUGGUGAGCUGUAACAAGAAGAUGGACACAACUGUCACUAUGACAUGAAGUCUUUGGGGGAAUGUCACUUCUGGAAAAACCAAGAUGUGCUGAACAUAAUAAUAAAACAGGAAAUAUGUCAACAUUGUGGAGAGUAUAGGAACUAGUGGCUAGGUUUACUGGUUUGUGAGGUGCUUGAAAGGAAAGAUAUGUUUUAUUGCAAGAAAUAGAUGUUUAAGUAUAAUUUGUGCCGUGCCACAAAUAAAAGGGGAAAGUGAGGUUUGUGCUGCAAGGUCUGAUGAAGAGGAGGCCAGGAAAGUGUCAUUAGGUUGAUAAAGUAAUUCAGAACAUGUAUUCUUGGUUAUUCAACUGUUGAGUCAAGUUGUUGAUGAAAUGUGAUUAUAAUAGCAGCAGCCCUCCUCUGCAGCCUAGUACAGGUUAGCUCCCUCGUUUCUGGUCUAGUUUGACAUCCAGAGAACAGAUAAGAAAUCCAGACAGGAUGGAAGGUGUUGAAACCAGCAGGACCUUCUCCACUUCAGGAUUGUUUCCAGAAUGGGGUCUCGCCUUCUGGACUCUAUGUGCUGUGAUCGUGCCAGUUCUGCUCACGUUAUGGUGCAGCUUCCGGAGGUCCCGGAGACAAGGCCAAGUGCAGGACAUCUUGCGCAAGAGCAAGCACGAUUGGCAGGACACCGACCUCUUCAGCCAGCCCACCUAUUGCUGCAUCUGUGCUCAGCACAUCCUUCAGGGAGCUUUUUGCAACUGCUGUGGACUGUGUGUUGACGAAGAGUGCCUGAAGAAGGCUGAUCGUCGUUUCCACUGCAAGGAGAUCAUGAUGAAGGGAGAAGGGGGCAGCCGAACUUCUAUGGUACACCACUGGAUCCGAGGCAAUGUCCCACUGUGCAGCUACUGUGUUGUGUGCAAGCAGCAGUGUGGUAACCAGCCCAAGCUUUGUGAUUACAGGUGUGUUUGGUGUCAGCAAACAGUGCAUGAUGAAUGCAUGCAAAACUCUUUGAAGAAUGAGCAGUGUGAAUUUGGAGAAUUUCGUAACCUCAUCAUCCCUCCAUAUUACUUAUCAAGUGUCAGUCAGAUGCGUAAAGACAAGCAUAUGGACUAUGGAAAGCUAGCUUCCUCCUGUGGGAAAAAUUGGACUCCUCUGAUUGUUCUGGCUAAUACUCGGAGUGGAAACAAUAUGGGGGAAACCUUGAUGGGCCAGUUUAAAAACUUGCUAAACCCAAUUCAGGUUUUUGAACUGACCAAAACAACACCUACAAAGGCACUCCAGCUUUGCACCUGGCUGCCUUGCAAUUCUGCUAGAGUGCUGGUCUGUGGUGGAGAUGGUACAGUGGGAUGGGUCUUAGAUGCAAUCGAUGACAUGAAGAUUAAGGGACAAGAGCGGUACAUUCCACAAGUGGCGAUCUUACCAUUGGGGACAGGUAAUGAUCUGUCGAACACCCUGGGUUGGGGUGCUGGAUAUGCUGGAGAGAUUCCAGUAGAGCAGAUUCUGCGCAAUGUCAUGGAUGCUGAUGGAAUCAAGUUGGAUAGAUGGAAGGUCCAAGUAACAAACAAAGGAUACUACAAUUUAAGAAAACUAAAGAUCUUCACAAUGAACAACUAUUUUUCCAUAGGACCAGAUGCUCUCAUGGCUUUAAACUUUCACACACAUCGUGAGAAAUCUCCCUCUCUGUUUUCUAGUAGGAUCAUUAACAAGGCUGUUUAUUUCUUUUAUGGCACCAAAGAUUGUUUAGUACAGGAAUGUAAGGAUUUGAACAAAAAGAUUGAGCUAGAGUUGGAUGGAGAGCGAAUCGACCUACCAAGUUUGGAAGGGAUCAUAGUGCUGAAUAUUUCCUACUGGGGAGGAGGCUGUCGACUAUGGGAAGGAAUGGGAGAUGAGCUUUAUCCUAUGGCAAGGCAUGAUGAUGGAUUGCUAGAAGUUGUUGGGGUUAAUGGCUCCUUCCACUGUGCACAGAUUCAAGUGAAGCUUGCAAAUCCCAUCCGGCUGGGCCAGGCUCAUACUGUGAGGCUGAUCCUGAAAAAUUCCAAGAUGCCAAUGCAGGUAGAUGGAGAGCCCUGGGCACAAGGUCCCUGCACAGUUACAAUAACUCACAAGACCCACGCACUGAUGCUCUAUCACUCAGGUGAACAGACGGACGAUGAUGAUGAGGUCUCUAGUGUAUCUGAACAGGAGCUAGCAAAAGAUCAGACCGACGAGGACACAUAGGUCUUGGCCACAUUUUCAUAUUCUACCUGGUAGUGGUAAUACAGCUUGACUUUCACUGAAAAGCUUUGUGCUAAAUAUCCUGUCUACAAUAGACCUCUUAAGACCAUGCCAUCUCUAUACUUAUCUGUGGCAUGAAAAUUAACCAAGUCAUGCUUUUAGCGACCAAAGAAAGCUAGCAUAGGCUUAGGUUGAGCAUACAUGUUUGCUUUGGUGUAUAUUGUCAUGCGGAAGUAGGGAUGAGAAUCAGGGAGAGGCACUUUCAUGUUCAUGUGAUAGUGACUGCCUCCCUCCCAACAACAUUUCUUCUUUGCCAAACCCUUGGAAUUUUUAUAUAGUUCUGUGGAAUAGUUGCCUAGCAUUUACCAUUUGUCAUAGCAUAAAUCUAGUCUUUAAGAGAACAUAAUACAGUAUCAUGCUACACUGUGCCUCACCAGAAGCACCCUGUGGGUUUAAGUGUGACUUCUCUUCCUCACAAAUUCCCUCAUUUUCAGAACCAACUGUGAUGCAGUCAGCAUCAGUGUUUUGGCUACCCAUAGUUAGGUUUGCAGUUGAAAGAUGUUGUGGAGUUUGUAUCUGAGAGGGGAAGAGUGCCUGAACCCACAAGACACUCCUGAUGAAGCUGAGACUACACUAGAUAACAGCCAGCCUCACUGUCACUAGGAGAAUCACUGGUUCUGUUCAGAACCUAUAUAGUUUAUAGUUCUGCUUUCUUAGAUACUGAGCAGAGUGAGAUCUUAACUUGUAUGUUACUUAAUCAACCCAGACCUAAUAUUUGAAGUAUUCACAGUUAUCUAGUAGAUUAAUUGUGCUUCUUCACUGACUCAUCAGAGAUGAAUAAUCUCUGAAUCAUGGUUAUUGGAGACAGUAGCUAUGGAUAUGGGAAACAAGAGCUAUGGAAAUAAACUGCUAACCCUAAUGUAGAUACGUUGCCCCUUGCACUCCCAUACAGAAUGGCUAUGCCAUUCUUCCAUUGGAAAUUCAGGGUGAGCUCAAAUAAACACACUGGCUGAGGGCAAGUCUCCUGUGACAUACUUACACCAUCAUCUGGGCAGUGAAGUCUUCUCCCUCUUUCCCAGUACCUCUCUAGGUUUGUAACAGCUCAUGGAACCCUGUCCCUAUUCAAUUGUGAGAGCAGACACUGUAAGUCUGUUCCUUCUUCCCCAGGUGUUCAAGGGCAACCAGUACAAGCCUCAGUGCACUCCUGCCCACUGAUCUGUGUCUGAAGGUAAUAAGCUGUGCCAUGAGCCUUUGCUGCUGUUGUGUACACAUUUUACAAGGAGAUCCUUUUGCAACAUGCCCAAAAAUACACUGAGACUAACACCUGCAUAUGUCACCUAGAGGAUUCUAGCCAUAAGUUGCUGGAAGAAUUUGCAAAGUUUAACAAGCUGAGGAUUUUGCAAUAUCUGCAUUUGAAACAAAUGGAAGGGAAUGAGGCUUUAAAUUCCAAAGAAUUAGUAAUUAAACUGUCCACAACUGCCAGCAGCAAAUGAAAACAUUAUUGACAUUCUCUGGCUUAGACUCCAAAAACAGGAAAAAGUCCUGCAAUUCUGCAGAAGCUUCCACUGGAGCAAAGGUGGUAGGUGCUUUCUGACAAGCUUCCCCUUCAGCCCAAUCCCACUCUCACUUCCCAGCUCUCCCUGCACUGUCCAGGAGGGUCCUCCAUCCCUACAAUUCAGCUUUUCAGAAGGCUGAUUUUGUAAGCAAAGUUCCACUGAUAGGAACUUUAAAUCUAUGCCUAUGUAAUGUAUGCUUGUCUAGGUCACAUGCAGUGCUUUUUCAUUGUUGUGUUUGUCUGGGGCCACAAGCCAUAGGAACACUCCCUGCACAAAUUCCACCAAAGUGAAUGGAAGUUAUCCAGGGAUAGCAAUUCUUUUUGUUUCAGUGGCUUUGUACAGGCAAUGUUUCUGACAGAUUAAGCUCUUGGUUGGAACACUGAAAUUUUUUUCUUGUUACUUUAGGGCAGAGAUGCCCCAUUUUGGCACUUUGUGCUUAAUAGCUCUGAUGCAUGUUGUCCACUUAGGUAAUAUAAUCCCAAAUUAUAAAAUAAUUUUCUUAUAUAGCUUAAAUUAAGACUGCCUCAUUCAUUUGAGUAAAGAGAAAGUGUUUAAACAUUUUGAUAAACCAGGCUGAUUUGAUUUCUUAGCAAUGAAUGGUCUUGUGCCAGUUUCAAAACAAGUUUCUUGGUUUCAUGUAGCUUACUAUGUAGAAGAGACAGACCAAGUAUUGCCCUUUGAAGGUAUCAGGGAUGAUAUGUCUAGGGUUUUUGCUGAAUCGAGUUUUUUUCCCCUCAGGUAUAGUAAUAUAUUUUUGGUAAUCCCUUUUACAUCAAGCAGAUGUGUCAUUACAUUAUGCUUGUGACACUGUGUCUAUUCUCUGAGACACAACUGUUGAAAGAAGAUUAAAUGUCCCCUUAUUCACUGUUUAUACUUCACUGGAAUUUGUUACAAUAUUCUCUUGUACAUACCUAAGUAAUAAGAACAGUUUUGAAUGUGUGUGAAAAGUCAUUAUCAAUGAGAGUACAAUGGACCAAGAAAUAGGCUAAGUGGAUGUUAAAGUUUAAUGUGAGGUUAACAGAUAUCUAGUUAUUCAAGUUCUGUUCCAUUUAUUUGAAUGAGCCCUUUUUUUUGUAUACCUGUUUAUUUAAGUACUAUGAAUGUCUUGGUGUUUACAUAGGCAUAAAAAUAAGUAGACCAUUUUUGAAAGGAGCUUAUUAUUCUUUCCUGCUUAAAGGAAGUAUUAAUAUUAGUUCAGUACAAUGGAGGAGACAAUGCUUUUUUCCACUGUUUAUCCUUCUGCUAUCUAGAGUACUUCACUAUGUCAGAACUGUAAUGGAAAUUCCUGCUUUGAGUACUUUCAGUACAAUUGUAAGUAAUAUUCAUCUAGCUGUUGAGGGAAUGACUCCAAUAACCAUUGGAUUGUGCAGAACUGAAAUGUAACAUUGCCUGCACUUGGGUUAUACACACUGAUUGAGGAAUCUUUUUAUAUGAAAUGAAGCAGUGAGCAUAUCUGCCUCCCAGUAUGUGAUACAGUAUACUCUCUAGUUUUCAAUGUCACCUUUCCCACAAGUGCCAAACACACUUCAAGGAAACAGUGAGGUGAUUACCACAGAAUUCUAAACCAUGUGGUCUUCCAGAUUUUAUUGGACUACAGUUUCCAUCAGUCUCAGCCAACAAAGCCAUUGAUAAGAUACUAUAGGAAGUUGCAGUCCAGCAGCAGAAGAGCACCACACAUUCCCCACUCCUUCACUUAAUUUAGCUCACAGAUCUAAACCAUGGUUUAGAUCUGUGAGCACGGACCGGAAACCUCCAGUUCAUGUACUCUCCUCCCCUCAUAUACUGGGAUAUCUUUAGUUUUAUUAUUCCUGCCUUCUUAUUACCUAUGGACCUUAUCGUGGUUUAUAAUAAACUGUGGUUAGUUAAAAAAGCUAUCUUCAGAAACAGUGUUGUGAAGCAUCUUGUUGGAAAACUGACCAGAACUUGUGUCAUGCCAUGGUCACUGGUUCCUAUAGUAUAUAAGGGCAAGUCAGGAGUCCUUGAAACUUAAAUUCAACAAUGUGAAAGUCCUUAUCCUAGCAUCAAGGAGGAGGAGAAAGGAGUACAAGAGUCUGAGGCUUCUGUUCAAGUUGUGCCCAUAAUCUAGUAUGAAUAUGUAAAUUGGUUCCUGUGUCUAUGCAUUCUCCUUGCCACUGACAUUAGGAGAUACAAGAGGGUACCUACUGCCCAAUUGCACAUGGAAUAUUUUCAUACUAAUAAAGGGGCAAGACAAUAGUCUACUCUUGUAUGUCAUAGUAUGUGUUUAUGUCUAAUUUCUAUAUGUAUUUCUGUAAAUUUUCUAUGGAACAAAUUCUGUAGGGUAUGACUGUAUAAUUGGAUAUAAUAUUUUGAUUGUGUUGAACUACUGAACUUUGACCAGAAUUGUAACACUGAGAAUUACAAAACUCUAACACACCAGUUGACCAAAAGGGGGUGCUCAGCUACCAAAUUCCACAUUGCGUUUGAACAGAUUCCGUACCAGUUUACAUUAUGAGUAAAUUAAUUAAGCACUUAUGUUUUUGAAUGUUUUGCAUCUUGUUUUGUUUUUGUUUGUUUGUUUUGCUUAUAUUUAACUACAUUGUUUGCAAAAGAAAUGAGUCUUUUCAAAAAAAGUUCCCAACUUGAAUUGUUGGAAAUUGUGGCAUCCCUAUUGCACACAGUUGUUUCUCUUGACCUGGUUUAUUUAUCUCAGUUGCCACAUUAGAAGCUGCUUGGACAUUGCUUCCACGUGAUGAUAGAUAGCAUUGUAAAGUGAUAGACUGUGGUGCACACACUGUCUAGCCUGUGCAGCAUCCCAGUAGUGGCAGAAUGGAGAGGCUCCAUUUGAUCCAGGCAACCUGUGUCCGUGGCUAUUCCCAACCAUCCUUGUUCCUACAUGGGGUACUUGCCACCUGGAUGCUGUGGUGUCUGAUUAGUGAUUGUGAUGGGCAUAUUUUGCUCUUCGCUGCUAACCUCAAGAUGCUAAGUGCCAACCUACCUCUAAGCUGGGAGAGUGGAACAUGGGGCUCUGCAGAUGUUGUUGACUUGCAAUUUCCAUCAACCCUUGCCACCAUAGCUAAUGAUGAGGGAUUAUGGGAAGCACAAUCCAGCAAUUUAUGAAGGGCUACCCUGUGCCUAUUCACACUAUACAGUCCACUUUAAGUGCCAUUUCUGUGUUCUAUGGAAUCCUGGGGCUUGCAGUUUGGGGACUGCAAAUUAGGUGCUAGAUCUCUCUGGAUGAUAAUUUUAAACAUCUAUCUCUAAACUGUAAACCCCAGGAUACCAUAGGACUGGACCAUGUCAGUUAAAGUGGAGUCAUAGAGCUAUGACUGCAUAGUGUGAAAGGGCCCAUGUUCCCCACUUCUGCUUUAUACAGGAACUAGAGGUAUGCCAGAAUCUGCUAAGGGGAUUGCUGCUCCCUUGCCUCUGUCAUAAUGUGGAAGCACAGAGUAUUCUGAAGCAAAUGCUACACAAUUAUUAAUGUAUGCACAAAGGUAAUGUGACCAUAUUCUCUCUUCCAUGCUUGCUAUCUCAAAUGACACUCAGGUUGCUUUGUACUUGCUGCUUGUCUGAACUUUGCCUGUCUCUUUCCAUCCCAAAUACUGAACCUAAUAUUGUUUACAUAUCUCCUGGGGGCCAGAGGGAAUCAAAUAGGUCCUCCACAGUUUUCUCUCAAUGUUUUGAGCUGGCUUCAAGGUCUAGUUAGUCUUUACAAUCCCAAGGCUGCUAGUUUAUGGGCUCAGGCUAAUGGAACUUUGCUUUAUGGAUAGAAGUCAGAAGAAUACCCAGACAUGCAUUUUCUAGAUCUCACUGUUUAGGGAUUUCAAAAAGGAAAUCUUUGGAUUGUAUGAAAUACUUUGCUACUGAAAUAAAGUGGUUGUUGCACUGAAACUUGAA